UGAUACAUUUGUUUACAUUUUUGUAUACAUAGACUGACAACGAGUUGACUGCAAAUCAAUCAUUGAUUCAUCAGUUAUUGUCUCAAGAAGUUUGUGAACAAACAAUGGUUUACUACUUCACCACAAAUGUGGUCUCACCGCCGAUGACUAUAUUCAUGGGUUUUGAUAAACACGAGAAUGAAGACCUGAUCCGUUGGGGUUGGCCUGAAGAUCUAUGGUUUCAUGUGGACAAAGAGUCGUCGGCACACGUUUAUCUUAGACUAAGACCGGGACAAACAUUGGACGACAUCCCGAGUGCGGUGAUUGACGAUUGCGCUCAACUCGUCAAACAUAAUAGUAUUAAAGGAUCCAAAAUGAAUGAAGUGGAUGUUGUGUACACUUUAUGGUCAAAUCUUAAUAAAACUCCUAAUAUGGAUGUCGGACAAGUUGGUUUUCACGACAACAAAGUCGUCAGAAAAGUUAGAGUCGAGAAAAAAAUUAAUGAAAUUAUUAAAAGACUGGAGAAAACUAAGGUUGAGAAACAAAACGUUGACUUUAGAGCCGAAAGAGAAGAAAGAGAUUCUAAAGAAAGAGAUAAUUUAAAAGCAAUUCAAAGACAACAAAAACAGAAAGAAAAAGAAGAAUUGAAAAGAAAAGAAGAAAUGUCAAGACUUAAGAGUUAUGAUUCGGUUAUGAAGAAUGAAAAUAUGCAAACAAAUCAAGUAUUGUAUUGUAUUUUCAUAUUUUUAUUGCAAUAACUAAUUAUGUAUUUGUUUGCAAAGGAUGGCUAUGAUUC